GUCUUGGGGCAGAUGCUCUUGCCGCAGCCUGGGAGUAUGAGUAUACGGAAAGCGGCGGUGAAGUGCAGCAAGAGGCUUCUGUGAACAGUGGGCAUUUCCGCUUUCGUCCGGGCUUUGUUCCUCGAAAGAUGUGUUCUUUCAUGGAAACCACAGGCUACUGCCAAAAAGGUGAUGCCUGCACCUUUGCCCACAGUGCUGAAGAACUGCAAAAUGCAGAGGGCAGCAAUUUUCAGGAAGUGAAGGGCGAUGUUCAGGAACCUCAGGAAGUUGAAGUUGAGGUAGUUGAAGAUGCGCCAGUCGGCCUGAAGCAGGAGAAACCGGCUGAUACGAAAUUGGAGACGGAGGCUGUGGCUGGGUCGCGCUUCCGCCCUGGCUUCAUCCCUCGAAGGAUGUGCUCCACGUUCGAGUCCACUGGCUAUUGUAAAUUCGCAGAUGCCUGCACAUUCGCGCACAGUCUCGAUGAGCUCGAGGGAGGCACCACAGUGCCGAAAAAUGUCUAUGUGCAGCAAGCGCAGGAAGGGGCAGAAGUUGCCCCCAACAGCAACGUUAUUGGGCCCAGGGUCUUUCAGGGCAAUUUCAGACCAUCAGUGCUUUGCAAAAUGUGGAUCAAGCACCCCUCCCAGUGCCAAGAUGGGGAUGCUUGCACCUUCGCUCACGGCCUCUUGGAACUGCGAGGCGAUUUGCAGGAACACUUGGGCAUGCUACGGACCAUAGGCUUCUUCGGUGCCAGGGCAAUGCCGGACCCUGACCCUACUGCAAUGGCGCUGUAUGCUGAAGCUUCACAUGGGUCAAAGGGCUCCAAGGGCUCCAAGGGCUCCUGGUCCAAAGGCAUGGGCUCCUGGUCGGGCAAGUCCGAUGCUUUUGCAGAUGCUGCCGCCGCCUAUGCCGCUGCUCCAAAUGAAAAGGGAGCUAGGGGAGGAAACAAUGGAAAGUUCAUGCCAGAGGAGACGCAUGUAGUGAACCGUUUCAAAGUGCGAAACUUCCCAUCCUUGAGGCCCGUGAAGCUCUGCAACUUCUGGGUCCAAAGCCCUGAGAUGUGCCAAAGGGGCGAGUCCUGCACUUUUGCACAUGGCGUGGCGGAGCUGAACCCUCAAGCGCUUGCCAUGAACGAGGGUGUCAGCCGCUUUCUACAUACAGGCUUUACACCAAGAGUGAUGUGCAAGAACAUCACGGGUAAGGGAAGUUGCUCCAGAGGCCUAUUUUGCAGCUUUGCUCACUCCGACUUGGAGAUGCAGUGA